CCACGAUCCUUGGAAGCCAAGUGACAAUCUGAUCAAAACUGCCCGGUUACUGGCUGGUUGGUUGGUUUGGUAUUACCAGUGACUCGCAUGAGCCCGUCCCGCUAGCUGAAGAUUACCCAACCCCGAUGACGUACUCUUGUCAGGUCGCCUGAGGCCUCUCACACUGGUCCAUCGCGCCACAAGUUUACUUUGUUAACUGUAACCUCUCUACCUUGAUGACCCUGAUUCAGUGCAUAAAAGGCAGUCUUCGACCUUCCCCACGCACGGUCGUAACAAAGCACUUGCAACUCCAUCAUCUGAACCAACUUCAACAUCUCACAUUUACCAAGAUCACUUCAUCCACCGCAAAAAUGCCCACUUACAUUAGCAUAAUUAAGGUCACUUGCAAGGAGGACGCCACUCCCGAACAGGUUGCCCAGGCUAAGAAGCACGCCGAGGAGCAGGGAGGAAAGAUUGGACACAGCCUCGACAUCAUCAAGGGCUUUUCUGUUGAGUUCCCCGAGGACUCUGUUUCCACCCUCGAGAGCCACGAGCAUGUGAAGGCAGUGGAGAAGGACCAGGAGGUCAAGACCUGCUAGAGAACUGGUCAAAAUCAGUUAAUUAGAUAUGUGCAAUGAAAGCUUAUGGUUUUAUGUAGUUGAAUCAGCGUACUACUCAUUUUGAAAUCCUGAGAUCCUAUCUACAACAUAUCUUGAUGUUUU